GUGGAGUGGUUCCGACCCUGUUCAGUCCACCCCCAGCCCUCAUCUCCAGAUAUUAUCGAGCUUCCAUGCGUUGCGCUGCUUGCUCUGAUCCGACCAGCAGCCCGUGACACCUCCAUUAUGCGUCUCUAUGCCGCCCUGUCCCUUGCAGCAUGUCUCGUCCCAGCUUCCGCCAUCUUCGAAGAUGAUGCCCACCACAUAGACUUUCAUCAUGCUUUGCUAGGCCUGCCUAACCACGAAGCCACCUUCUUCUCCAAACCUUACGUCGCCUCCAAAGCCUCUCUACUCUACACAGUCUCCGAAAACUCCACGGUAGGCGCCGUCAACCCCAAGGACGGUGCAUUGGUAUGGCGCUCCUCGCUAGCCCACAACGGCGCAGCCCACCUUAGGUUUGGGGAAGACCAAGAUGUUGUCAUCGGUGGGGUUGGAAAUCGCAUAGUCGCCUUCAGCGCCUCAGACGGCAGGAUCGUCUGGGAAUCCAGCAUUGACGGCAUGGCGGUGGAAGACCUCGAGAUUCUGGAACAGGAAGACGGCAUGUCCAGCAAUGACGCCAAGGAUGCCAUUGUCCUGGUCGGCGGCACGCAACAAGCCGUCAAGAGAUUGGAUGGAAAGACCGGACGCGUCAAAUGGACAUUUGAGGACGCAAGUGGAGACAUUCCCUUCCAAGUCUCGACGUCCCCCACCACCAUCUACUACAUCUCCCUACACUCACCCCUUCUGGGUGGCGGCUCGAAGCUGCGUGUGACCUCGCUCAGUCCCAUAACCGGAAAGAAAAUCGAUUCGUAUACGCUCAGCUCCGAAGGCGAGGUACAAUCGAAAGCCAACAUCUUGUUUGCUGGUGCGAACACGGCAGCUCCGCUGUUGGCAUGGACCGACAAGGCGCACAAGGUGCUCAAAGUGAACAUCAUCGGAACCAAGGGCAUCUCUACUUUCGCGACACCCGCAAGUGACCCCAUAGAGAAGAUCGUGCUCCACGCCCCCAACCGCUUGAAUUCGCUGGCCCACUUUCUGGUGGAAUACCAGACCGCUGCUGGCCACUCGGCUGAGGUUUAUCAUGUGGAUUUGAAACAGAGUACCAUCUCCAAAGCCUAUAGCCUUCCGCAACUCAAGGGCAAAGGCACUUUUGCGACUAGCACCACGAACGCCAACGUUUACUUCACGCGUAUCACUACUGAUGAAGUCACCGUCGUCUCCUCCGUAUCUCACGGCGUCCUCGGACGAUGGACCGUUAAAAGCUCCUCUGCUUUAGCUGGUGCCCACCCCGUGCACGCUGUCUCCGAAGUUGUAGUCAAAGAUAACACUGCAUCGGCCGCCAGGUCUGCUGUCCUGUUCUCCAACGGCCAAUGGGCGCUCGUGCGCAACGGCGAUGUUGCUUGGUCUCGACCCGAGUUUCUUUCGAGCACAACAUCUGCCGUAUGGGCGGAAUUACCAGAAGAGGAAGAAGCGCUCGCACAUGAAUUAGAGGUAGAAGGUCACCAGAAUGUGAUUGCUGCCUACGUUCACCGUGUCAACAGACAUGUCAAAGAUCUGAAACACCUUCCAUCUUGGGCACAGAACCUGCCGACCCGCAUUCUGGGCAAUCUUCUAGGCACGACUGGGGAGUCUACCAUAGACGAUAUCCAACAUGAUACUUUUGGCUUUCAUAAACUUGUCGUCGUAGCCACCAAAGGAGGUCAUUUGGCUGCACUGGAUGUGGGCGCAAAGGGCAAGACAGUGUGGAGCAUCGACCUACAUCAAUUCGUUCCGGAAGUUUCUUUCUCCAAUCCUGCACUGAGAGCCUUUCGCGGGUUCGUCGAGGUCAAAAACACGGGCCUGUCCACUCCUCUACUUAUCAAUUCCACUACUGGUAGCCAGAUUCUUGCCAAGGACACUAAACGCAACCUCCCUGUCUUCUCUCAAGGCCAGAAACUCAUCACCUUCGACUUGGUUGAUGGCGAACUCCAAGGAUCUGUUGGACCUGACCCUGGCUCGGAAGUGGCUUGGACGUUUACGCCUCCUCCGGGAGAGACUAUUGCGGGCUACACCACCCGACCUGCCAAGGAUCCAGUGGCUUCCAUCGGCAAAGUUUUGGGAGAUCGACGAGUUCUCUACAAGUACCUCAACCCUAACCUAGUUUUAGUCACGGCCGUGGCUGAGCCUAAUCAUAAACUGUCUAUCUACCUCUUGGAUUCCGCUUCCGGGCAGCUCCUGUACACCGUUACCCAUUAUGGCGUAGAUACUACACGGCCAGUUCCGUCCGCCUUUUCUGAGAACUGGUUCAGCUACUCCCUCACUAUGGACUCUUCUUCGUCGUCUUCCGCUCGCGGAUAUCAAUUGAUUGUCGCAGAGCUUUUUGAGUCCCCGCUUCCCGACGACCGAGGUCCAUUGGGCGCUUCAUCCAACUCCUCUACUGUGCAGCCCAGUGAGACCAAAGGGGACGCCUCGAAGCCACAUGUGAUCUCGCAGAGUUACCAAAUUCCCGAGGAAAUCUCGCACAUGACCGUGACACAGACGCGACAAGGUAUCACCAGCCGUGAACUACUCGUCACCCUUCCCGCUUCCAACUCCAUCGUCGGCAUUCCUCGUCAAGUCAUUGACCCCCGGCGACCAGUCGGUCGCGAUCCCACUGCACAGGAACAAUCCGAAGGACUAGGCAAAUACGUGCCCAUGAUCCUGUUCGAUCCAAAGUGGCACCUUAAUCACGUAUACGAGGUUGCUGGCAUCAAGGGUGUCAUCACCAGCGAAAGUGGUGUUGAGAGCACCAGCUUAGUGUUCGCAUACGGUUCUGAUUUGUUUGGCACGCGAGUAGCACCUAGCUUUGCGUUUGACGUUUUGGGCAAGGGUUUCAACAAGAUCCAAAUGAUGUUGACGGUUGCAGCAUUGUUCGUGGGUGUGCUUUUCGUGGCACCUUUGGUUCAAAGGAAACAGAUCAACACGUUGUGGACGACUUGAA